AUGACCUCCUGCCGGCAGACUUUGCGUCCUGUUAAGAUUCUGCUACUCCUCAGUCUUGUCCUGCCAGUGACAGCCCAGAUUCACAAACUAACAUCCCCUUCUGCAACCACUGAACCAGAAUCUUCCAAACCUUUCACCACUUCCUUCAGCCAUGAAUCAGAGGCUGACCAGACUACAGAAGGGGGGGUGCAGGCCUCUAGUACGGCCGGGCUGGAUAUCGGGAUCGAAUUUCCCGCACUGACAACCCCCCUCGCUGACACGGAGCCCACGACAACCCAAUCAUCCACUACAUCUAUGUACCGGGCGACCACCAGAAGGGGAGCCACCACAUCGGAAGACACUAUUCACACCCGAGCAAAAGACGCGGCCAGACGACUGGAGCACGAGAAGAUCUUCACUUACGACUACCUGACCCUGAGGCAGUGGGGAUUGAUCUGCGCUCUCCUUCUGUGUAUUAUCGGAUUCCUCGUAUUGUUCAGUGGAAGAUGUCGGGGAUUCUCUUGCCGAGACGACAGAGGAGGAAAUACAACAUAACAGGACUAUAG